AUGUCCAUCUAUAACAACAUCAGUGUCCGCCACCGCCUUUCAGCAUGCUCCAUUCAUGUAGGGCCAUUAAGCAAAGGCUCCAGAAAGUCAUUUGGCUUGAGUCUCCAUCAACCUUCUGCUAAAGCAGGCCUUAGAAAACGUAAUGUUCAGCCAGCUUCUCGGGCUAAUUUUGGGCUCGAAUCUGCUGUGAUGGGUCCUGAUAACUACAAGUUGAACCCAUUCAUUCCACGAUAUCUCAACAUCUCACCAAAUAUCGACAAAUACAACACUUUACGAGGUUGCGAGACACAAGAGCUUGUCGAGAUGGCUGCAGAUGGAAGCGAAGAUUAUAUUGAGCUUUUAUUUGAGUUACACCGACGAGCCUCAAAUUACCUUUACUACAUGGGCGGCAAGAUGGCAUCCUACGACGUAAGUUUGAGUUCCUGGCAAGUUCGGUUGUCAUAUAGACGAGAAGAAUAGCAGCAAGACAGAAGAAAUCUGGUUAUGGAAUACAUAGAGAAAUGGAAGUUUGGGAAAAUCUACGGCGUUGACUCAGAAGACGAUCUACAGAGCCGCAAAGAUAUUUGA